AUGUAUCAUUACUCCAGUCCACCACCCGGGUGGUCAACCUACGACUACACCCAAACUCAAUCACCUCCCACCUCACCUCAAUACGCCUACUACGCCUCUCAGUUCGCCAACGCCUACACUUCACCCCGCGGGACCUCGCGACGACACAACCGCAAAGCCAGCUACUCAACCACCAAAGAAACACCAUGGUAUUCGUCGGGCCACCCACAAGGCUACUAUGAAGCAACUCCAGACUAUGGCAUUCCAUCGCGAAAGCACGAUCAUGUAAGUGCUUCUUUUGCGGGAAAGCCCAAACACCACCGAUACUCCUCGACCGGUCACCCUACGGGGGAUGGCCUCGGCAACGGAUACCACCCGUCGCAAUCGCAGGCUCGUCCCAUCUUCGUAGAUGUGGUCGACGAAGCAUUCGAUGUCCCGCGCACCCACGUUCGCGAACCCCGUACCGGUCGCCGUCCCCCGGCCUCGAACCCCACUCGAGAUGGCCCUGGCCAGCACCGUCGCACUACCUCGACCUCUUACCGCAAAUCAAAUCCAGCUGAUUCUCACUUUUACUUCACUCAGGCUCCUAACGGCGAGGAUAUCGAUGCGGCCAGACGUUCCCAUACCAGGCGCCAAUCUACAUCAACUCGCACUCCCAACAAACCCAAACCACCGCCUGCUUCUGCCAAACCGCCACCCACCGCCACCGAAGAUGACGCCGAGGCCGCAGGGAUCCCUCCAGGAUAUUCGAUCAAAAACUGGGACCCCACCGAGGCGCCGAUCAUCUUGCUCGGUAGUGUGUUUGAUGCGAACUCCCUCGGCAAAUGGAUCUACGACUGGACUGUCUUUUAUCAUGGCGCAUCGACGCCCAUGGCCGACGUCGCGGGCGACUUGUGGCUAUUGUUGAUCAAGCUGGCGGGCAAAGUAAAGAGGGCUGAUGAAUGUCUCCCUCGCAUCCAUCGCGUGGAGGCGCAGGAAGUCGUCGAAGACUUCCUUGAAAGUGGCGAGCGCCUCUGGUCCCGAUUCAAGAAGCUCCUCAAGGGCUGCGAACUUUACAUGUGGAAGGCCGCCAAACGAGAAGGUGGCAAAGGGCCCGUAUCAAUGGGCCGCAAUGCAGGUUGCGAAUUUGUCGAAUCGAUUUUCGGUCGCGACCGUGAGCUUGAAAGUACCGAGAAGCUCAUGAAUAGUAUUCGACUCUGGAAUAUGCGGUUCGACGCCAACUGCGAAGACAUUCUCCGCCGACCGUCGGCUGCAUAG